ACCUCAAAGGAUGGCCUGGCCAACGACUGGUACGCCGAGGGGCCCGGGCGGCGAGUCGGGUACGAAGACCUGACGGCCAUCGACUGGAUCUUUGAGUACACAAAAGAGCGCCAACGCCUGCGCGUCCUGGCGUCGAGCUCGGGCGGUGGCAUCAUCGGCUAUGUGCGACACCUGCUGGACGCCAGCCAGGUCUGGAUCGUGCUGCUGCUGACGGGCCUCGCCGUGGGCGUCAUUGCGGCGCUCAUCGACGUCACGACCGACUGGCUGGGCGACAUCAAGCUGGGCUUUUGCACCAGCGGGCCCGAAGGAGGGCACUUCUACCUGAACAAGAACUUCUGCUGCUACGGAUACGAUCAGGGCUCUAAAUGUGCGGGAUGGAGGUUCUGGAGCGAGGCUCUGGGCGUCCACUCGGCGGGGGGCAAGUGGUUCAUCGAGUACUUUUUCUUCUUGGCCUUUGGCGUCCUUUUCGCAUACUGUGCGGCGUUGCUGGUGCAGGAAUACGCCAUCUAUGCCAAGCACAGCGGUAUCCCCGAGAUCAAGACCGUCUUGGGAGGAUUCGUCAUUCGCAAGUUUCUUGGUCCCUGGACGUUGGUGACAAAGCCUUUUGGCUUGGUCCUUGCUGUGUCUUCGGGCAUGUGGCUGGGAAAGGAGGGCCCUCUGGUCCAUGUAGCGUGUUGCUGCGCAAACCUCUUCAUCAAGAUAUUCCCUAACAUCAACAACAACGAAGGCAAGCAAAGAAACAGAAUCCAGCCUCGUAAGCGAGAGGUCCUCUCAGCAGCGGCCGCAUCAGGCAUCUCUGUCGCGUUUGGAGCCCCUAUCGGAGGGGUGCUCUUCAGUCUGGAGAGCUUCGUCUGUGCCAUGGCCGCCGCCGUUACUCUCCAAGCCUUUGACCCCUUUCGGUCAGGCAAGCUCGUCAUGUACCAGACAAAGUAUAGCCAUGACUGGCAGGGCUUUGAGAUUUUGCCCUAUGCCCUCCUUGGCAUCAUCGGGGGCGUCUACGGCGGCCUCUUCAUCAAAGCCAACAUGGACGUUGCGCGAUGGAAAAAGGCCAAGUCCUGGCUCCCCAGUCCCAUCACCCAGGUCCUUGCCGUGGCCUUCCUCACUGCUCUCGUCAACUACCCCAACCAUUACAUGAAGUUUCAAACCUCCGACCUCGUGUCUGCCCUCUUCACCGAGUGUUCCCAGAACCUCGACGAUCAGAUCGGCCUAUGCAAAACUGGCGCCGCAUCUGCCGGCACCAUUGUCCUCCUCGUCUUUGCCGCCCUCGUCGGCUUCUUCCUCGCCACAAUCACGUUCGGACUGCAAAUCCCCGCUGGCAUCAUCCUUCCCUCCAUGGCCAUUGGCGCCCUUGUCGGCCGCGCCAUGGGCAUCCUGAUGGAGAUCUGGGUCGACAACGCGCGCGGCUUCUUCCUCUUCAAAACCUGCGCCCCCGACGUCCCCUGCGUCACCCCCGCGACCUAUGCCAUCGUCGGGGCCUCCGCCGCCCUGGCCGGCGUCACGCGCAUGACCGUGUCCAUCGUCGUCAUCAUGUUCGAGCUCACCGGCGCCCUGACGUACGUCCUGCCCAUCAUGGUGGCCGUCAUGAUCUCCAAGUGGGUGGGCGACGCCUUUUCGCGCCGCGGCAUCUACGAGUCCUGGAUCCACCUCAACGAGUACCCCUUCCUCGACAACAGCGAGGAGGUGGCCAUCCCCGACGUCCCCGUCGCCGACAUCAUGACGCGCAUCGAGGACCUCGUCGUCCUCACCGCCACCGGCCACACCAUGGCCUCCCUCGCCAGCAUCCUCGAGAUGCACCCCUACCGCGGCUUCCCCGUCAUCUCCGACCCCCGCGAGGCCAUCCUGCUCGGAUACAUUUCCCGCGCCGAGCUGAGCUACAGCCUCAAGACGGCGUCCCAGGCGCCGCGCAGCCUGCCGCCCGAGACCACAGAGGCGUACUUUUCGCAUCAGCCGCUCGCCGACCCGCGGACCUCGUUGGACCUAAGGCCGUGGAUGGAUCAGACGCCGCUGACGCUGCCCUCGCGCACGCCUCUGCACCUCGUCGUGUCGUACUUCCAGAAGCUCGGGCUGCGAUACAUGCUCUUCACCGAUCGGGGCGUCUUGCAGGGCCUGCUUACCAAAAAGGACAUCUGGUAUGUCCUCAAUGGGGCGGACGAGACGAGGCGCACGACGGGGCUUUCUGCUCCGGGGGGAAGCGGAUCGGGGGCUGCUGCUAGGAGGGGGCAGGAGAGCGGGAUUAUGGAACGCGGCGGAGAGGAGGAGCAGAGGGGGUUGUUGAGGCCUGGGGAUGAUGCGGAUGAUACGGAUAGGGGGUCAAUAUUAUAG